AUGACGUCCGUUUUGGUAUUCGUCUGUCACUUUCUCAUAUCAGCCAAUCUUAGGUGUGAUCCAGAGGACUAUGAUCGGAAGUGGGCUUAUUUUUUGUUCGCCCAUUCACAAAGUACCGUAAUUCUGCAUGCCACCAGCAUUUGGCUUACGGUACUCUUGGCACAGAUUCGUGUCUACACUAUCAAACGUGCUACAGCGGGUCCAUCAGAAGCAAUUACAGCACGGGCCACCGGUGGCAUAGCCCUCGUCACUCUCUGUGUGGUCGCCUUAGUGAAUAUACCAAAUUUCAUGACUUUCGAGGUAGGUUUUGUCAAAGUUCUCAUGAAAACAUGGACAAUUGCACUAGGGUCAAGAUAUAUCCCACGAAGGCUGUACGGCUUGCAGGGUGUGGUGUAA